AUGCCAUAGGCCUGAUCUUUCUGACGCACGCGUAAGGCUAACCUGUCUCGCACUAAACAUACAAUGAGCAACGGCAUUACCCGUGUACUUUGCUAACAGCAGAUUGAUAGCGUCUACUCCACUCACGAACACACCACUGCCUUUGCACAUGCACCCCUCCCCCUCGAUGUUACGAUUGAACUUCUGAUAUCGAUCAUGAUACUCUCCACCGGCAUCGUCAUCUCCUCGCCUCAGCUGAAACCGAUACAAUGGGCCAAGUGGGCUGGAAAGAUACAGCGCGAGGGCAGAAAGGCAGAGGGACGCUGGACAAAAGAGGGCGAACCGAUUUUGAGCGAAGGCGAUCCCUACGCGUUCUUGGGUUUGGAUGCCGGCAUUGGGGGGAAAGCGGAAGGUAGAAGGGGUUUCUGGGAUAUCAGGACCAAGAGACAGGAAUAUGCUGAGUGGGUGAAGUCAGGGGGGAAGAACUAG